AUGUCUGUCUCUCCUGAGAAACGUGGCCGUCACACGCGCCCUCGCUCCAGCUCCCGUGGACCGACCAACUUCGUCACGAUGGAAGGCAGGCUAUCUUGUUCCAGCAGGCAAGCGAAGACUGAUUGGCGGACGCAGAAACACAAAAUUGCAUGUCUCGCGCUGCAGGCCUCAAACAACGAUCUUGAAGCACGUAUCGCACACAUUCGCGGGAAGGUCAACCAGCUCAACCGAGAGAUUUCUGCCCUUUCACGCCACGUCAAGCAGUUCAACCAUAAUCCAUUCCUGCAGACCUGGCAGGCCGACCUUCUCACUCGUCUCAUCGAGGUCGCCUAUGUCCGCCAGAAGAACAAGCUGCCCGCCGGGGUUUCAAUCGGCGAAGAGAACACUGCAGACAGAGAGAUUCUCUCUCGGGCUUAUAGCAAUGCGGCUCGCCGAGUGAAAUGGAGCACGCUAGAUAGUCUCGGUCUUGACAUAAGAUACCAUGAUGCGUUGCAGCGUUACUCUGAUUGGCUGGUCCAGCAGAGUCAGGAAAAGCCGGACUUGUUUGCGUUCUGGGCAAGGCUCUAUCCAAUCUGCCAUGGCCGUGCUGUUUACGAAAGCCUAGUUAUCGCCUGA